CCGACACCCUUAUUUGGGACUGUUUAUCACGGUGGAGGUGGAUUCAAGUUUAUUUCGCGAAACAACAUCGGACGGAUGGUUCGGUAUGCGAUGGUUUGCCAUUGUAAUAUGCACCGGGCUUUUGAGUUACAAAAAGAAAUAAAAAGAGCUCGGCAAUUAAAGCUCCCUGUUCCUGAAACAGAGCUUCUAUACCAACCUGAGCAACCCCUUUGUCUGGCUUCACCACUGUCGAAGGUUGACCCUAGUCAUAAUCAUCACAUGGCGGUCACCUGGAUCUUCUUCAAGGCAAACACCCUCACAGCCGAUCAAAAAGCGGAGAUCGCCAGGGAAGUCGAAACCCUAGGGGAACGAGAAGCGGAUCCUGGGGUCUUUCCUAAGACGUGCCGUAUGAUACCGUGGACAGACGGCGACAAGGGAGCUGCAGAUGGGAGCCUGGGUGACAUCUGGAAGGUGUUCUGCGAGCUUCAGGAGGAGGGUUGUCAGCUUCCAUACUUCUUUGCUGAUCAGCAGUCUGCAAUUGACAAGACGGUGGUUAUUGUUGACAAAGAUCUUACCUCCUGGAGAGAUGGGAGGGCGAAGAUAUGCGAGUUCACGAGCAGCGUCGGGGACCCUAAUCUUAGAGGGCUACGCUACGGCCGGAUUGAGGGGCGCGAAGCGUUUAGCAUAUGGGAUGAUAUGAAUAAGAGGGCAAUUGCAUUUGAGGACAUUUUCGAGGAUGAAAGUCAGAUACAGACUCAUCCUAGAACUGAUUUGAGAGGCGCAUCACGCACCUGAUCUCGUCUUGGUCCUGCUCAUACAAUAUUCUGCCACGGGGUAAGGGAGUACCAUGCAUAUUCAGUAACAUGGCCAUUACUUUGUCGAGUAUACCUAGGUGGUUAGCAAUACAAAGCACGAAUACGAUUCG